UUAUCAUUUUCAGUCUAAAAAAAUCGACGACACCGUUAGCACUUAGUUACACGUCAAAACUAUAAUGAUCUUAAUUUAGUUUUCGGUGUUGCGGUAUGGCUUUAAGUAAAUUAAUUUUGUUGUUUAUAACCGGUACCAUAUUGAAAACGUCUGCCGAAGGACAAUAUAAAAUAGGUGCCAUAUUUCAUGAAGAUAAUCGCGAGGCUGAGGUAGCGUUUCGCAAUGCAAUUAUACGAGAAAAUGUGUACAACACGAACAAACGGAUUGAAUUCAUACCAAUAGUAAAAUUGGUCGAGCGAGACGACAGUUUGAAGGCGAAGAAAAUUGCUUGUGAUUUAAUAUCUGAAGGUGUAAUUGCAAUAUUUGGGCCUAGUUCAUCUCAGACAACAAAAAUCGUCGGCUCAAUCUGUAAUGAGUUCGGUGUGCCACAUAUUCUAGCGAAUUGGCUGCCAGAGGAUGAAGUGGAUAUUUCCGAAAAUCAUCGAUACACCCGUAACUUUUUCCCUGAAAAUAAUUUCUAUGCCAAGGCACUAUCGCAGAUCAUCGUUGACUAUGAAUGGAAGGAAUUUACAUUGAUCUACGAAACUGCUGACUCGUUGGAGCGUCUGGUGGAAAUAUUACAAAUGCACGAUCCCCAGGACAGUCCAAUAACGAUUCGUCAGUUACCUCCCGAUACGGAUGAUUAUAUGCCGUUCCUAAAAGAAAUUAAGGCUUCAACCGAAAAGCGAAUGAUUAUUGACUGUUCACCGGAGAAAGUUACGGAACUGCUGAAGCAAGCAAUUAUCGUAAAUAUGACGAAAGAUUACCAGAGUUACAUAAUCACGUCUCUCGACUCGCAUAUGCUGGACUUUCCUGACUUAAAAUCUAUCGAGUCCAAUAUCACAACUCUACGUAUAAUGAAUCUUAAAAGUCUGGAAGUGGAGGCAGCUGUGCACGAUUGGCGGCAGGAUGCUAAAAAAAAUCAGGAUUAUACAGUAAUCUCUGCAGAUCGCAUAAAAACCGAAGCGGCUCUAUUCAACGACGCAGCACGUGUAUUCUCGACGGCCUUUCGUGAAUCGAGUUCAAAUCGAACCAUUUAUCCAUCGUUGUUACGAUGUACUGGAAAAGAGUACGGAGAUGAUGAGGUCGAUUAUGAAUCGAAAAUAACUCAUUCCGGAAAAUGGGAAUACGGAAUGCAAAUCUUACAGACGAUGGAUCAGAUAACAGAAUUGGGAAUGACUGGCCGAAUAGUCUUUGACGGCGACGGUAAACGGAAAGAUUUUUAUAUGGAAAUUUUAGAGCUAAGCAAGCUAGGCGACGGAUUUAAAAAAAUCGCCACAAUGGACCCGAAGCAUGUGCACAUUAAUUACACAAGAACCGAAGCUGAAAUUACCUCUCAAGUUGCACAGGUUUUACAAAAUAAAAUAGUGACUGUUGUUGCUUUACGUGGAAAGCCAUAUCUCGAUUAUAGAACCGCAAAAGAAGGUGAAGUCCUUGUGGGCAACGAUAAAUAUGAAGGAUAUUCUAAGGACUUAAUCGACAGCAUCGCAAUACACUUGAACUUUACUUAUAAAUUUGUACUCGAGCCCAACAAUGCAUAUGGAUCAUACAAUAAAGACACUAAGAAAUGGAAUGGACUGAUCAGGUUUCUACUAGAUGGAAAAGCUGACAUGGCCAUUUGUGAUUUAACCAUAACAUAUGAACGACGUUCGGCAGUCGAUUUUACAAUGCCGUUUAUGACCUUAGGAAUUAGUAUACUCUAUGCAAAACCGAAAAAAGAAUCACCGGGUCUAUUCUCGUUCAUGUAUCCGUUGUCUACGACCGUUUGGCUAUUGAUGGCAAUAGCAUAUCUCUGCUUGUCAAUUUUGCUUUAUUUUCUGGCUAUGAUUGCUGUGGACGACUGGCAAUUACCGGCACCAGUUGCAACCGGUGAGGCGAGCUCAUCGCAAAGCGAAUCAAGUGACGAAUCGGACAGUCAAUUAUUGGAAACCAUCUGGAACAUGCACAAUUGGAUUUGGUUGGUAGCCGGGUCAAUCAUGCAACAGGGAUGCGAUAUACUGCCAAGAGCCAUAUCAACACGUGUAACGGCUGGCCUUUGGUGGUUUUUCGCACUGAUAGUUAUUUCGUCGUACACGGCCAAUUUAGCUGCUUUCCUAACACAGGAACGUAUGGAAGAAAGUAUUGAAAAUGCCGAAGAUUUGGCGAAGCAAAGUGAAAUUAAAUAUGGAGCUGUGAUUGGUGGAAGUACAAUGGCUUUUUUUAAGAAUUCGAACCAUUCCACCUAUCAACGUAUGUGGACUGCUAUGGAAUCGGCUUCACCUUCUGUUUUUGCCGAAAACAACGCUGAAGGUAUCGACAGAGUAUUGAAUGGUAAUCGAAAGUACGCAUUUCUGAUGGAGUCUACUUCUAUUGACUACACGACUGCACGAGAAUGUAAUUUAAUGAAUGUUGGUACAUGGUUAGAUUCAAAAGGAUACGGAAUAGCGAUGCCAAUGGAUUCACCAUAUCGAACACUCAUUAGUCAAGCCGUUUUAAGGUUGCAAGAAGGAGGAAAACUUCAACAAUUAAAAAAAAAGUGGUGGGAGGGAGAAAAUGCGUGUCCUAAAGACGAGAAAUCAGAAGAUGUACAACUGAAAAUGGGUAAUGUUGGCGGCUGUUUCCUAGUAUUACUCGGUGGUAUCGGUAUUGCAAUUUUAUUAGGAAUUUACGAAUUCUUUUGGAAUAUAAACAAAAUGUCAGUGGAACGUAAGGUUCCUCGGUGGCAGAUAUUCAAGGAGGAAAUAAAAUUUGCGGUUGAUUUACGUAAGACAAAGAAACCGGUUGCUGAGAACUCGUCGGAAAAAGGAUCACUAGCAAAUAUGUCGACAAAAAGUAUAGACACGGGUCGUGGAUUACGUUCAGGUUAUCAAAUUGGCCUGGAACGUAUAAAUAAUGAUCUAAUGUAACAAGAGUUUCAUUAGCAAAUUUCACUGUUUUAAAUAAACAUUUUACAAUAUGACGGAAAGAAAUUAAUCAACGAUAAGUAUAUUAACGAGCUACAGCUAUACGCAGGGAUUAUCACAUAACAUAUGUAACUAAAAUAAGGAAAAUAGUUCAGAAUAUAUGGAAAGUAAGACAA